AUGGCUCUGCUGGCAGAAUCUGGAGGUGGUGGUGGUGGUGGAGGUGGCGGUUUUGGAGGUGGAGCCCCAAAAGGAAUGGGCGGCCUUUUCCAAGGAGGUGUGCCAAAGUUACGCCCAAUUGGAGACGGUCCUGCUGGUGGUUCACUGGGCAGAUCUGCGCUACGGCCCCCGGGGUCCCGGUCAGCGGCUCCUCGUCCUCCCACAGGCCGGUCCACCUCACCGUCACCCCCCAACAAGCCCUCUGCACCAGAACAUUCACGCUCACACCGCCCCUCGCUGCCUGACAUAUCCCACUCCUCCAGCGGUAGCAGUGGGAUGAAGCACAGCACCUCUGCACCACCACCCCCACCACCCUUUAACAGAGGUGGCCGUGGAAAUGCCCCACCUACCCCAAGCCAGAAAGCAUCUCUUGCACCUUCCUCAUCCUCUUACAGCAGAGAGAAGCCCCUUCCACCAACACCUGGAAGAGGUCCAGCCCCGCCCAGCAACGUAAAACCUCCGUCCUCCAGCAGACCACCUACUGGAGGCUCUUCUGCUCCUCCUCCUCCCCCGCCAUACAGACCACACACAUCUGGUGGUGUCUCUAAUGGGCCAUCCCACGGCGAUGGAGGUGGAGCUCCAGAGCUUCCCCAGAGGAAUAACUCCCUUCAUAAAAAACACACAUCAGGAGGCAGCAACCAAGGACGCAGCCAUGCCCCACCGCCACCUCCAUCAUUAACAUCGUCAUCCUCUUCUCAGCAGUCUAACAGACCACCUCCACCUGUCAGAGAUCCACCUGGACGCAGAACAGGUACGUCCCAGAAAUCUGUCAAAAGUGCAACAUUGCACAAUUUUUUAUUUAUUUUUUUCCUUUGUGACUUGAUGUGUCUGCACAUUUUAAAACGUUUGUUUAUUCUCCUUCCUCCUACAGAUGAUUUUGAAUCCAAGUUCAACUUCCACCCUAUUGAAGACCUUCCACCUCCAGAGGAGUACAGGCCUAUCAACAAGGUCUACCCCAGCAAGACCAACACGGCCGUAAGAGGAGCUCCUCCAGCGCCGCCUGUGGGCAGGUGAACGGACCUCAGUUCGGGACUUGAACUGUGUCGUUGAGGAGGGAGUGGUGAAGCACUCGAAUCAUAAACACACUACAUCACAAACAUACACUAACAUUGAGCCACCAGCUGGAAGCAUCAAGGUGAACACCAAGUAAACACUACUACACCACGCAGGUUUGACACUACUCAGCGGUCACUUUCAGUCUUUGCACGAGAGAACAAAAACCACUGACUGGGACCACUUUGAUGACGACUCUGCAGAGGCUUCUGUUUGACACUACAUAUCGGGACCAAACUCCGAACACUUCCAAAUCUCUGCAUUCCAUCUUUUUUUAUGCUUAUUCAGAAUAAUAAUAAGAAUAGUUGUGAUUUUUCAGAAUAACAUAUUUUCUUUUUUCUGUUAUGUUAUUGCUUUUUGGUGUCAGCAUUAAUUUGUAGGGAAUAUGAGCAGAUACACUCGAGUUUUUCCCUAAAAAUUUGUACUGCCACACAUGUGGGGCUUAUUGUCGGUUUGUUAAUUAGUAUUUGUCUUGAAUAGCCAUUCCACCAGUGCCAGGUAAAGGUGUGCUUGAGUCGGUGUGCCAAAUGCAGGUGGAGUCUCACGAACGGUUCACCAUGACAGCAGUCGCCACACACUUGUUCUGACAUUUAUAAUACUUUGAUUGUAGUCUUGCCUGUUUUUGUAACUCUAUCCUGUAUCUGGGGUUGUUCAUAUUUGCAUCUUCAGAUGAUGUUGCACAGCAGCUAAACUGCUUAACCGAGACACUGUGCAUGACCCUGACAUACGCACCUUCAACAUCAGGACUACAUCAUGUUGAUGCGACAUAAAACUGAUUUGCCCCUGAUGGUUCUGACAGGUUGUCCGUCACAUAGCCAGCAUAUUUCUUCAGGCUCACUGUGGGUUCUGUGUGGGCCACAUUUUAGUCCAACACUAAUUAUUUGUUUACUGGACCAAGGUUUGCAGACCAUUUUUGGAGGAGUUUACAAGGGAUCAUCUGUUUUUGCAGGAAUCUUCAAGGGAAGUUGGUCUGAAAGCUCAGCUCUGCUCUGAUUCAUGAUUUGCUGCUGGUGGCCCUUUCGAAGAAGGACCUUAUAGCCAGAGAAAGAUAAUGUUGUUGAAUUGCUAUGCAAGCAGCAGUUUGUAGAGAUUGUAGAUGGUAGCAGCUAACCAAAAACAAAAAUCUUAAAAAAAAAAAAAAUGCAGGAACACUUAAGUGCCAGAGAAUUGUUGGAAUAUAUAUGGAGGUCCUCUCUUUUCUCCCUUUGAAAGCAUCAAGCUUCACUUUAAAACACUAAUGACAUCAUUUUCUACAGUGCACAGCACAAAAAGUGAACAAAAAAAUCCUGGCUCAGGUCAGACUGUCCAUUCUCAGUGAUGCAGCGCCUCCUGCUGGUAUUUGCCUUACACAAAUCUGUUGUCACUCAUCGGUACCAGUGAUUAGUUUUUUGAUGAUGAUGACGACAUAUAUUGGGGGAAGAUGAUGACAACGGAGUAAAUAAGAAACAAGUCUAUUUGAAAAUGCAAUAAAUAUUGUAUAUUUACUUUAAGGAAUAUGGUAAUCAUAGUUAUUGAUCUAUUUUUAUGUUGUAAAAAGCUUGUACUAUAGGAAAAGACAAAUGAUUAAGAGUUCUAACAAUGUUCCAGUGGGUGAGCUUUGGUCUGACAGACUGGAUUCUUUGUUGCACUUCUCUGGACAUUUGGCCAUAAAGGUGAAUGAGCUGAAUUGAUGUAUGUGAGGUUUUUACCAAUGAGCCAACAUUUUUGGGGUCUGGUUUUCAAAAAAUCAGAUUGGCAGGUGAUAAGUGAUGCACCUCCACUUCUUUUUCUGGAUCAUGUUCACCUUGAUACACAGAUGACCCCUCUACUUAUCUCAUGUUCUCACCUUGUCCACUCUGAAAAGCAAAAGCCCUGUGGUCAUUCACGUUAUCAGCCAUGUUUUUAUCAUUUGAAAUAAUUUCAAAUAAAUAUAUUCCUGUUGGGAAA